AUGUCCUCGACUUCUCCCAGAAUCCUCCCCUUCGACCAUGUCCUCGACUUCUCCCAGAAGCAGAAGCAGAAACAGAAGCGGGGCGAAGGAGACGCCUCCUCCCUCACCACUACGGUCCGCGUCGGCCGUAGCCGCCACGCGAUGCGCGGGAUUGUCCGCAGCAUCCGCUCCCUCGGCGAUGCCGCCCCCGCGGCGGCGGAGGCGGGGGACGAGGUGGCGGCGCCGGAGAGGCCGCCGCAGCCGUGGGUGGGGGCGGGGGAGGAGAUGCUGGUGUUUGGGAAGGAGAAGAAGGCGAGGACGCCCGCAGUGUCGAUCCCGCAACCCGGCGGAUCUCGAGCGCGGCGGCGACGGCGGGGGGGCAGCCGCGGCGAACGAGGCCGCGGCGGGGCGGACGAGGCCGCGGCAUCGGCGGCGGCAGGAGCGACGGCGAAGCUCUGCCGCGGCGAUGGCGCCCCCGAGCCGAGCUCUGCCGCGGAGCUCGGGGGGCGCCGCGGCACGCACGGGGCCGGUGCACGCGGCGGCCUGCGGGCGUCGGGGUUGAGCGGAGGCGCGGGGGAGGUCGGGGUCGGCCGAGCUCGAGGUCGGCCGGUGCACGCCAACGCCUCCCUCUCCGUCGCCGUCGCCGCGGAGGAAACGCACGUCGACCCGGCGGCCUCGCGCGGGCGCUCGCUGUCCCGGCUGGCCGGGUUCUUCAUAAUAUUGUAA